UUUGAUGAUCGUUUAUAACAAUGUAGCUAUUAAACAUUCAAGUGAAUUACUUUCUAAUCAUUUAUUAUGUCUAUUAAAUGCAUUAUGCUCAGAGAAUUGUGUAUAUGCCAAAUUAGCGAAUGUUUUUUUAGUCUAUGAACUGGGAUUAGAGCUCUUUAGAGAUACCAUAGUUCGAUUCACAAUAUAUCCCAUUCAGAAUCAACUUUUAGACGUUCUUUUGAAUCAAAUCCUUCUUGAACGUAAAAACAAGAUCAUUGAUCGUUCUAAUAUUAAAGCAUCGAUAGAUAUACUGCUUGAGUUAACUGAUACAAGUGCAAAAGAUUCAACUAGUGCUGAAUAUUAUCGAGUUGAGGGUCAAAUGCUCGUAGGAGAAUAUGAUGCACCAGAAUAUAUAAAAAAAGUUGAAAAAUGUCUUAAUGAAGAAGAAUAA